UAACAAUUAGCGAACUUGAGGUCAGCAACGUCGGCUACGCUAGCGCUGCGCCGCAUCGCUCGCUCGCUGUCGAGUGUUCGUUGGCGAUCCGCGAGCGAGCCAUCGCAUCGAUUCGCGAGCGCGCGACAUUCUACACAAAUUAUGUAAACAAGUUGGGGAAAGCUUGAUCUGGAAUGUGUAGAGUUACUCGCUGGAUUUCUGUGAAAAAUUAACCAUCUUGGAUAAGAGGAAGUGACAGAGAGCGAAAUGGCAGAGAGUAGCUGCAAAGAUACAGACGUAAAGGAACCCGUACAAUCUGAUGAUGAUUGCGGGUCUAUUUUACAUGUUGUUGUGGUUGGUUUUCAUCACAAGCGAGGAUGCCAGGUGGAUUUCUCGUAUCCACCUCUAAUUGAAGGCCAGCCUGAGGAUAGUCAUGAUGUACCCAGUGAAUGGAAGCAUCUUCCUUUCCUUGCCCUGCCAGAUGGGGCACACAAUUUUGAAGAUGAUACCAUAUAUUUUCAUCUUCCAGGAAGAGGGGAGUGCAAGUCUACAAUCUACGGUGUGUCUUGCUACAGACAGAUCAAAGCCCAGGAUCUUCUUUCAAAGACUGCAGAUGUGACGAGAGGGACUGUUCAGAAGUGCGUCUGUGUCCUCAGUAAGCUGCCGUUGUAUGGUUUGAUCCAGGCUAAGCUGGAGCUCAUCACUCACGCAUAUUUCUGUGAGCGGGAUUUCUCCAAGACGAAAAUACUUCAGGAGUUCUAUGAGAAUCUCAACAACUGUAUACCAAGGACGAUACCUGAAGAUUCUCAAGUCUUUCUCGGUCUAUCGUUGAGGGAUCUGGUCACAACUUUCAAACACAAGAUCUUGGUGUUGUUUAAGCUAAUGAUGUUAGAGAGAAGAAUCCUGUUCUACACGUCGCCUGUCCAUAAACUCUGCAAUACACUUCUGGCUAUUGUCUCUUUAUUCCCAGGAAUGAUCGAGCGCGGUCUUGAGAAAUCAGCAUGUCCGAAGCACUACAACCCUCGCAUCUCCACCAUCGAGCUCACGGAUUACGGUAUCAAUACAGAGGAGUACCUUGAUGUGAAGAUGUCUCACGUGCCUAAUUACAGUCAUCAAAAGAGCACGGAGAGCAGUCCUGAGAAGAGCAGCGAUAGCGGCGAGAAGUGCUUGAGGAUACCUCUGGGAAACCCCAACACAAACUCAAACGAGGAUGAAGGUAUGGGCACACACGGUUCCUCAAAGACGGAAGGAAGACCCAGUGGCGGCAUCCCAAGGACAAAUCCAUUCGAUAAGGAAAACAUUCCCGGUGGGGUGAUUCAACGCGACGGUGAAAGCAGGAAAACCAGUCGGUCCUCGUCUCAAGGGUCGAGCGGUGGCGGAUCGAAGAAGAAGAUCGCGAAGGACGUGUCGCCCGAGGAAGAGCUCAUAGAUCUCAUCGACCAGGAGCUCUAUGGAGACUUCUUUGAAGGUGGCACAAAGAGGAGCAGCGACGGCAGGGAUGAUUUGCUUUCAGAGGAAAGGGAUAAAGUCGGUGACUCCUUAGAAGCCAGGAAAGAGAGUAAUGCCUCUGAGUAUACCAAAGAAGACAGUGAUGUCGAUCUACAGACUCAGGACCGUCUUCAUCAGCACUCCGCUAGUAUUCAGUCCGGUGACAGCGGCAUUAGCAGCUGUCAGAGGUCCUCUACGGUCAGCAGUGGACGGUCACAGGGGUUCGAAGACGGUGUUGGGGAGAUGAAGAUGAACAGAUAUAGUGGAGUGGAGGACUUUGUGGUUCUUCCAAACAUGCCACAACAAGAGCCGAUGGACCUUGAUCGCUUUGGCUUUCCACUCGCAAUAUUUGGAAAGGGCUCCUUAUGUCACCCCUACAUAUCCCUUCAGCAACACGACAUGCUACAGGAUGUCAACGUGAGGUCAUUCGUCAUUGGAGCAACAAACGCUCUCUUCAAGCAUCAUAAACAUCUCAUGGAUGUAAUCGUUGAAGUUGAAGAGGGUAAAGUGACCAUCUUAGACCCUGAGUUGAAGAAGCAGGUAGCACUAAGCACAGCUGAUCUGAGGUUUGCUGACUUCUUAAUCAAACAUGUGACAGACAGCAGUGAUGUAUACCUAGAUGGAACAGGAUGGGAAGGAAGUGAUGAGUGGAUCAGAGCUCAGUUCAAGCUAUACCUCCUCUCCCUCGUCUCAACAUGCACGAGUAUCGGUACCUACACAGUGACUGAAAUAGGAGAUUUUAAUGAGAGCUUCGUGCAAGCAUGGAAAACAACUCAUAACUUCAGGAUGUGGAAUAGUAAAGUCCAUCCAGGAAUCGAUCAGAUACAUACCGGGCAUCCUUUUCACGGACACCUCGGCGUAAGUGAUAUGAAGAUAAGACUGUCAAGUGUGAUGCAGACGACCGACCGGGGAAAGAGACUCAACAGCGCCAUCAACCGCACAGGAGUUGCCGUGAUGCAAACGGGGAAGGUCGUUGGGGAGGCCCUGACGACAGCCAAAACAGCCGUAUCUUCGUGGCUGUACGGGCUUGCCGGCGAAUGGAAGGAGGAGGGGGGAGAGGAUGAAACAAACGCCGAGGUGAAAUGAAAAGACGUACCAUGUACCAAAACGCCUGAGCUGAAAGUGUUGACUGAUUUGGGCUGGAGGUUAUAUAUAGAAAAUAUGCCCUUUACCUAAAUCAACUGGUAUUUCACCUAGAUAACUGACUGUUCAAAAAUGAAAACAACAUUUGCUGUUUUGCUAUUCUGUUCAAUUAAAAAACACAAUGACAGAAUGCAACUAUUUAAUAAGCUUUGCUUAAAGGUACUAUGUCCCUUUUGCAGCCAACCUCAAAUUCUGUAGAACUUUGCAGAAAUUAUGAAUAUA